GUUCAGUUGUUUUGUUUUGUUGUUAGAACUUUUAUCAUGUUGGGAGUUAAGUUAAUUAAUUGGCUUGUUAUAUUAAAAUAAAUGCUUUUGUUGGUGUAAUUUAUAGGUAUACAUUAGAGUAAAUGGUUCGCUUAACUGUCGAUUAUGUAAAAAAGAAUUGUUCUGUCAAGCCAAAGGCAACUUCUCCAUCAAAGAAUGACGAUUGUCUGAGAAAAAUAACUCAUCUAAGUCUUCCUGAAAAAUCAAUUGAUGUUAUAGGGGACCUAUCCAGUAUACAAAACCUUAAUGUUUUGUAUCUUCAUCGCAACAACAUUCAAGUCAUUGAAAAUCUUGAUAAAAAUGAAUACCUCACACAUUUGCAUCUUCAACACAACAAGAUCACCAAAAUGGAUAGCUUGAACAACAUAAAACGGUUGAAAAAGCUCUACCUAGGAUGCAACAGCAUCAGUGUAGUAGAAGGACUGCAGUCUACCUUUAGUCUGGAAGAGUUGCACAUUGAGAGUCAGCAAUUGCAGCCUGGAGAAACCAUUUAUUUUGACCCCAGAACUGUCAAAAAUCUAGCUCGCUGUCUACGGAUACUAGACAUCUCGGGUAACAAUAUUUCAUCAAUAAGUGAUCUAAAAGAGUUGAAGGCCAUUGAAAAACUAAAUGCAAGCAACAACUUGCUGAGGGACUUACCAGCCGUCUGCUCGGUCAUUUGCCAGUGGCCGAGAAUCUUAAAUAUAGACUUCCGUGGUAAUGAAAUCGUAAGGAUUCCCAAAUACAGAGACAAGAUUAUAGCAAGCACAAAUUGUCUCGUUAGUCUGGAUGAUAAAGACAUCAAUGACAUCACAAGAUCAUUCAUUCAUCGGUUUGAAUCGGUGAAAGAAGAAAGAAAGGAGAAAUUAUCCAAAGUCAACCAGGACCAGACUCCUUUCAGUGAUGACAUAGCUAGUAUAGCUGAACAUCUGCCUCCAGCUCUGAGACAGUCCGUGUCGGCCAGUGUCAGGAAAGAAGCGAUCCCUCGAGCUAAGAGUUUAACCCUCUCUUUGAUGCAAGUGCCUGUACAUUCACCAGGGUUCUUAUCAGACGACAGUGCGGUAGCUAAAAGUGGGCUGCAGCCUCGACCGUCUAGACGAGUGUCCAAUGCCGAGAGUUUGGCGAGAAGUAGGCAGAAGGAGCGAGACGUUCAACCACAGCUCGGUGAUGGGAUAGCGAGCAGUCUCUCCUCACCUAAAAUGACCAAGCCUUCCUAACUCCAGCCUCAGUAUAAUAUUAAAAUUAUAAAUAAAUACCAUUUUGCUCUUCA